GGGGGCGGGAGCUGCGCCUUCCCCCCGCCCUGGCCGUCCUUCCGUCCGUCCUUCCUCCUUUCUGUAGGUUCCCCCGGGCCGGCGAGGCUCCUAAAGGAGCCCCCCCUCCCCGCCCUCCGUUGCCCCGGGCUCGACCAGUCCUUCCGCCGCCCCGAUUUUACCAGAAUCUCUCUACUUGUAGAUCUUUCCAAUUUCUUCUGUAGACCGACGCAUCACAAUAUGGCGACUUAAGCCCCCCAAAGGGACAGAGUCUGAACUCUGGGAGGUAGUUUUGUGCACAAGAAAUUAAGUAAAUGACAAAUGAUUGGUUCAGAGAGUGUUGUUUACUUUUCAGACAUGGUCCAAAGGUAUUUCCCAGUUGAGCACCAUGGAGAUCCAGUGGCGUUUUCUAACAUUGGAACAUUCUGUGUGUGUCGUAGCCAUUCGGUUUUUCGCAAGCAACCCGGAUAAGAUUGGGAACCUAAAUUUUGUUUUUAUGGGUAGUAACGUGGCAGUAUCCUUCUAGAGGUCUCAGCUGAUCCCUAUCCAAAUAUGGGGAUCAUUCUUACUGCAGCUCCUCGUGUCUCUGGGACCAGAAACACGGAGUCUCGGUAGCCGGAGAUGAAGAGGGAGAGAUGACUUUAGGUGAAUGGGGUAACGUUCAGAAUUAUCUUUGAAGAGCUUUUAAUUUGCUCAAAAACACAGGCUACUCUCAAUUAGGCGUCUUAUGGUGGGAAAGUGAUUGUCAGAUUUAAGUUUCAAUUUUUUCCAUUUCAAGAUUUUCUUGCCGCUUUUGUUCUGUUUUUUUUUGGAAGGGAAAAAUAAGCAACUUAUGUGAUCCCUCUCUUUGCUUGUAGGAGAGAAACCCACAAAACCUCAGGAAGAUUGGGGUGUUCUGCAGUAAGAACGAGUCUUCCUCUUUUGAGGCCAGUUUCUCCAUUUUCCUAGUAGCCGAAUUUCGCAACUCCUCUCCAAAAACAAAUAAGUAUGAAAUCGAAAUGUAGGAAAGCGUGAGAUUCUUGGAACGUGUUGGCUGGAACCGCCAGAAGGAUAAGCUACUCUGAGUGGGGGAUUCAGGUACUUGUAGAAAUGCAACCACCCUUUCAGGCCAUAGGAUGUCACCAGGUCCUUCUCAGUCUGCGGGGGAUGCCGUCCACCGGCUUCCGUCACGGCCGAGGUGCGUUGUAACGGGGCGCCCGCGGGCCCGAGAUAGUUGUCGCGCCUCUGAAACCGUCUGAAUUACCCAAUGGCCUCCCCCAGGAGCCUGAAAGACUUGCCAUCCCUCUGUCUGCCCUGCUCUGGGUAGCCCAGCUGGCCCGCGAGAUUGAUGCACCCCCUCAAUCCUGCUGGGAAAAGCCCGUCAGCCCGGCCGGUGCCGGUGAUCAGGCCGCUCGGAGGGCUCGGUGUCUCUUGCAGGCCACUGGGAGGCCAGGAAACAAACAAACAGAAUUAACUCCCAGGGUUUUAGCCUGGUCCUGUCUAAAAUUACAAACCGUGCACAAAACUACCUCCCGGGGGGAGACUCGUCCCGUAUCCCCCGCCACCCCCACCGAAUAUUUCGUUAUGAACGUGGUCGCAAACAGCAUGUUUUUGUCCAAUCUGAUGAACGGCAACAGCGGGUACGAACUGAAGUACGACUUCUCGUGCGAGCUGUUCAGGAUGUCGACUUACUCCACUUUUCCGACCAACGUGCCCGUGUCGGAGAGGAGCCUCGCCCGGGCCGGCUUUUACUACACCGGAGCGAGCGACAAGGUCAAGUGCUUCAGCUGCGGCCUGAUGCUAGACAACUGGAAACCUGGAGACAGCGCGAUCGAGAAACACAAGCAGCUGUAUCCCAGCUGCAGCUUCAUUCAGAACUUGCUUCAGACGCACAACCCGGGGGCCUCGUCCUAUUCCGCUUUCUGUCCUCCGCCCCUCGGCAGCCUCUCGCCCACCGCGACCAUCUCUCCGAGCUUGGAGCCGAGCGGUUACUUCAGCGGGUCUUUCUCCAGUUUCCCCCUCGACCCGGUGACCUCCAGGGCCAUCGAAGACCUGUCCCAGCCGAGACCCCACGUGGACAACUCCGCCAUGAGCAGCGAAGAAGCCAGGAUCUGCACUUUCCAGUCGUGGCCGCUGACCUUCCUGUCGCCCUCCGCCCUGGCCAAAGCGGGCUUCUAUUACACCGGGCCGGGGGACCGAGUAGCCUGCUUCACCUGCGGGGGGAAGCUGAGCAACUGGGAACCGAAGGACGACGCCAUGUCCGAACACCGGAGGCACUUCCCCGGCUGCCCGUUUCUGGAAAGGCAGACGCGGGACGCGUCCAGGUUCAACGUCUCUAACGCCAGCAUGCAGACCCACGCCGCCCGGGUGAAAACGUUCCUCAACUGGCCGGCCAGGAUCCCGGUGCAGCCGGAGCAGCUCGCCAGCGCUGGCUUUUAUUACGUAGGCCGCAACGACGACGUGAAGUGCUUCUGCUGUGACGGCGGCCUGAGAUGUUGGGAGUCGGGAGAUGACCCGUGGAUCGAGCACGCGAAAUGGUUUCCGAGGUGUGAAUACAUGAUACGCAUGAAAGGACAGGAGUUUGUCAAUCAGAUACAGGCUAGAUACCCUCAUCUUCUUGAACAGCUGUUGUCAACUUCAGAUACCCCUGUGGAUGAAAGCGCCGAUCCACCAAUUAUUCAUUUUGGUCCCGGAGAAAAUCCUGCUGAAGAUGCCAUCAUGAUGAGCAACCCCGUGGUUAAAGCCGCUCUGGAAAUGGGCUUCAGUAGAAGACUUGUGAAACAGACCGUUCAGAGUAAAAUUCUAACCACGGGAGAAAACUACAAGACGGUCAACGACCUGGUGUCAGACCUACUUAAUGCAGAAGAUGAAACGAGGGAAGAGGAAAAGGAGAGACAGAACGAGGAAAUGGCGUCAGAUGACUUGUCGUUAAUCCGGAAGAAUAGGAUGGCUCUCUUUCAACAUUUGACCUGCGUGCUUCCUAUCCUGGAUAGUCUGCUAUCGGCCGGUGUGAUAAGUGAGCAGGAACGUGAUGUCAUUAAGCAAAAGACUCAGACAUCUCUGCAAGCAAGAGAACUGAUCGAUACAGUUUUAGUCAAAGGAAAUGCCGCCGCCAACAUAUUCAAGAACUGUUUGAAAGAAGAUGAUUGCAUCUUGUACAAGAAUUUGUUUGUGGAAAAAAACAUGAAGUAUAUUCCAACCGAAGAUGUUUCAGGCCUACCAAUGGAAGAACAGUUGAGGAGGUUACAGGAAGAAAGAACGUGUAAAGUUUGUAUGGACAAAGAGGUUUCUAUUGUAUUUAUUCCUUGUGGCCAUCUAGUAGUAUGCAAAGAGUGUGCUCCCUCUUUAAGAAAGUGCCCUAUCUGUAGGGGCACCAUCAAGGGAACAGUGCGGACGUUUCUUUCUUGA